AGCAAGCAAGCAACAAACCCUGCACUGCAAGCACCAUGGGGUCCUUGGGUCGUCCUAGCGUGGUGGGACUGCACAAGGCCGGCAAGCCUGCGUCCGCAGCCGGCCACGAGCAGGAGCAGCAGCAGCACAGCAGCAACUGCAGCAGCUAUGGCGGGUUCCGGAUGCCGCUGCACUACCCGCGGUACAAGAAGGCGGACUACGAGGCUAUGCCGGAGUGGCGCAUCGACUGCCUGCUCCGAGAGUACGGCCUCCCCGUCGCCGGCGACCUCCGCGCCAAGAGGGAAUUCGCCAUGGGCGCCUUCCUCUGGCCCGACCAGUACUAGUCAACCUAUCCAGCUUGAUUAACUAGCUCCUAAUAACUCUCUCGACCUCCGGUUUCUCUGUUCACCGUUGCAUGCAUGCAUGCAUAUUCGUUAUGGAUCCAGUGCAGUGUACGUGUGGCUAUGUAUGUUGUGAUAUAUACAGCUCCCCAAGAGUCAUAGUACAUGACUCUUGUGCAUGCAUUUGCCAAGUUUCAUCACCGACGCGAUGAUUCUUUGUUGCCACAGAUCGUCUACCUUCGAUCCUAUGAAACAAAAGUUAUGUUUGAAAACGAAGGGCCUGGAAGCCUUCACAAUAGUCUAGGCCAAAGUUCUCAAAUUGGCCACAAUAAUUUGCCUAAGCUUUGCUUA